CUGGCGCUGGCGAUCGCUGACCUCGCUCUUCAGAUGGCCUCAUGGAAAGGAUGCGUUCACACCCUGAUAGAAAAGUACAACAAUGACAUCAGCUCGAUGCCGUUCCUCAUAGAGAUUCUGACUGUUUUACCAGAGGAAGUUCACAGCCGAUCUCUGAGGAUCGGAGCCAAUCGGAGGACAGAAAUCAUAGAAGACCUGGCCUUUUACUCCACCACUCUGGUCACGCUGCUGACGUCUUGCGUGGAGAAGACCGGGACAGAUGAGAAGAUGCUSAUCAAGGUGUUUCGGUGUCUAGGCAGCUGGUUUAAUCUGGGAGUCCUGGACAGUAAUUUCAUGGCCAGUAACCAGCUGCUGAUGGUCCUCUUCCAAAUCCUGCAGAGGGAUGAAACCUCGACUAAUUUACACGAAGCAGCAUCGGACUGUGUCUGCUCAGCUCUCUAUGCCAUAGAGAAUGUGGACACCAACAUACCUUUGGCUCUGCAGCUCUUCCAGGGUGUCCUGACGCUGGAGACGGCCUAUCACAUGGCUGUGGCUCGGGAAGACCUGGACAAGGUGCUGAACUACUGCAGGAUCUUCACCGAGCUUUGUGAGACAUUUCUAGAAACCACAGUCAGGAGUCCGGGGCAGGGUAUGGGAGACCUGAGGACACUAGAAUUGCUGCUGAUCUGUGCAGGACAUCCACAGUAUGAGGUUGUGGAGAUUUCUUUUAACUUUUGGUACCGUCUGGGAGAACAUCUGUAUAAAAUAAAUGAUGCAAACCUUCAUAGCAUCUUCAGACCGUACAUACAGAGACUGCUCCACUGUUUGGCCCGACACUGUCAGCUUGAUACGGACCAUGAAGGAAUCCCGGAGGAAACAGAUGAUUUUGGGGAGUUUAGAAUGAGAGUGUCCGAUCUGGUUAAAGACGUUAUUUUUCUUGUUGGAUCCAUGGAGUGUUUCUCUCAGUUGUAUUCCACUUUAAAGGAUGGCAACCCCCCCUGGGAGGUGACUGAAGCUGUUCUGUUUAUCAUGGCUGCCAUCGCUAAAAGUGUAGACCCAGAGAACAACCCGACUGUGGCAGAGGUUCUGCAGCAGGUGGUGUUACUUCCUGAAAGUGUCCAUAUGGCAGUUCGGUACACAAGCAUCGAGUUGGUUGGAGAGAUGAGCGAUGUCGUGGACAGAAACCCGAGAUUUCUGGACCCAGUCCUGAACUACCUGAUGAAAGGUCUGAGAGAGAAACCUCUGGCCUCUGCAGCGGCGAAGGCCAUCCACAACAUCUGCUCCGUGUGCAGAGAUCACAUGGCCCAACACUUCCAGGGCCUGCUGGACAUCGCUCGCUCCCUCGACUCCUUCGCUCUGUCCACGGAGGCCGCAGUCGGACUGCUGAAAGGUACAGCUCUGGUCCUGGCCCGUCUUCCUCUGGAGAAGAUUGCGGAGUGUCUCAGUGAUCUGUGUGCUGUUCAGGUGAUGGCUCUGAAAAAGCUUCUAACAGAACAAUCUGCAAACGGUAAAUCAGCUGACCCCACCGUGUGGCUCGACAGACUGGCUGUUAUCUUCAGACACACAAACCCCAUCGUAGAGAACGGACAGACACAUCCCUGUCAGAAAGUCAUCCAGGAGAUUUGGCCCGUGCUGUCAGAGACCCUGAAUGCUCAUCAGGCUGAUAACCGCAUCGUGGAGCGGUGCUGCCGCUGCCUCCGCUUUGCUGUGAGAUGUGUUGGAAAAGGCUCCGCCUCUCUGCUGCAGCCUCUCGUCACUCAGAUGGUGAAUGUAUACCAGGUGUAUCCACACUCCUGCUUCUUGUACCUGGGCAGCAUCCUGGUGGAUGAAUACGGCAUGGAGGAGGGCUGCAGGCAAGGACUUCUGGACAUGCUGCAGGCUCUCUGCAUGCCCACCUUCCAGCUGCUGGAGCAGCCCAACAGUCUGAGGAACCACCCUGACACCGUGGACGACCUGUUCAGACUGGCUACAAGGUUUGUCCAAAGGAGUCCUGUCACUUUACUGAGCAGCAGCAUCAUCGUUCAUAUCAUCCAGUGCGCCAUCGCUGCCACCUCAUUGGACCACAGAGACGCCAACUGCAGCGUGAUGAAGUUCAUCCGUGACCUGAUCCACACCGGACUCUCCAACGAUCACGAGGAGGACUUUGAGGUGAGGAAGCGUCUGAUUGGUCAGGCCAUGGAGCAGCACGGCCAGCAGCUCGUCAGUCAGCUGGUGCACUCGUGUUGUUUCUGUCUGCCACCGUACACCCUGCCCGACGUGGCCGAGGUUCUGUGGGAGGUCAUGCUGUUCGACAGGCCUAUAUUCUGUCGCUGGUUGGAGAACGCACUGAAAGGUUUACCAAAGGAGACAUCAGGAGGAGCUGUGACCGUCACCCACAGACAGCUGACCGACUUCCAUAAACAGGUCACCAG